ACCACCUUUACGGGGUGUCUGUGCUUUCGAAAAAGAAGUAUGGAUUCGCAGAAUCCGCCACACUUCCGGUUUCCUGAAAACGGCGCGGAAAACUCGAUUUUGCCAGUGUCCGCUUUCUCCACCUACAGCCUCCUGAAGAAUUGCAAUUACUUGUUGACUUCGCAGUCUCCAGAACCUCAUCUAAAAUCGUUCUUACCACCCGAGCUACAGAUGAGAUGCCCUCCUAUAGACAGUCAAAGCAAGAGUUUCUUGUCCUCAACAGCCCUUCUGCGAUAUCCCCCACCUUUCCACUUCUUACCUGACCAAGUUCGAUCUCGAACUCCUCCAGAUAUUACUCAGUAUAGUUCGUUAUACGAUUCCUCGAAUUUAAGAAGACAAAGAGGAGAAAAGAAACCUAUACCUGAUGAACAAAAAGAUGAUAAAUAUUAUGAGAGGCGGAGAAGAAACAAUCAGGCUGCGAAGAAAUCGAGAGAUGCCAGAAAGAUGAGGGAGGAUCAAAUUGCUUUACGAGCCACGAUUUUGGAGCACGAGAACGCCAUUUUGCGCGCACAAGUAUUAACCCUGAGAGAAGAGGCCUCUUCGCUUCGGCAAAUGCUGCUUCAAAAAAAAGCAAUAGAAUUAGCUUCGAGAGAUUCUCAAAUAUGUAUCUCAUGAAAGUUCAAAUCGUUAUAUCUUACUAAUUGUGAUAUUUAUCUGUGUAAAUAAUAAUUAUAUUCAAAAUAAAUAUUCUUAAAUCAUAAGAGACUUUCAUUAUCAGCGGUACUACGCCUCUUAGAGGACCUUCCUGCUCCUCUAUCUUUUCUCCUUCGUAAGGAUGUAGUCAACAUGCAUCAUGGAGUUCG